CAGUAAUGACAUAUUUGUAAACAUACAAGACGUCUGAUCUUCACAUGAAUUUGCAUACUUUUACCUGGAAAAUAUGUAAAGUUUAGACCAAAAGAAUACAAGAUACUAUGCCAGACUUUAAACUUAUAAGGAAAGGUAACAGAAUUGCUUAUUUUAUGGUAAUUUUAUUACCACAAAGAGUAAAAAAAUAACAUCCGUAAAAAAAGAAAAAAAAAACGUAAACAAAGCCUUUGAACCUGAACAACACCAAAGAAUUUAUGGUGCAAUCGAUUUAAGUGAUGUCAUUUAUAAAUUUGAAAAUAAUGUCUAUUCUAGAAAAUAUGAUUAAUUUUUGGAAUUAUGACGUGUCUUCCUCAUUACUUGUCAAAUGAAAGUAGAAUUGAUUCUGUACAUGUAUAUGAAAUUGUCACAGUGACACAAUGCAAAGUUUCACUGUGGAUUUUAACACAUUACACACAUCACCUUUCUAAGCCAAAUUAUAAAGAUUGAGAACAACAUCUGAAGUAUUGAGAAAUAAAAAGCUAUCAUGUUGUAUGUGUUCCAUGUAGACACAGGGACUAUGAUGACAUUUGACAUGAAACUGGCAAUGGAAAGUGUGGCAAACUUGCAGCAUGCUAUUGCCAGAGAAUAUCCCAUUCCAGAGGAAAAGCAAGUGUUGUUAAUAAGUGGAGGAGAAAGUUUAGAUCCUGUUGCCACGGUUGGAAAAUAUCAUGCUGGAACAGAUACAAAUCCAAUUUUUCUGUUCAGUAAAACUACAAUAGAGUCACUGCAUCCUCCAUCACCAAGUGUACACUAUGGGUCAGAUGUAGAUAUACAGAGUCAAGUAGAAGGAUCACUUCUGAUGCCCCCAGCAUAUGGAACAGUUGUUUCCAGAGCACAGUUAGCUUUGCAAAUACAUGAAGUAGAUCGUGAAGAAUUGAAAGCGUGUGAACAGCUUGUUCAUGAUCAACAUCUUCAACAGCAAGGCUGGGCUGCAGUGGUGGCUAAUUUAGAAGAUAUCACAAGUGCUCUUAGACAUAGAUCAGAAAUAUUUACUGAGUCCUACAAUGAAUACUUAGAACCAAGAGAUGAUUACUUGAAAGUUCUGUCAAGUGUGGAACACUCUCUGCAGCUUCUGGCAAAGAUACCAGUUCUACCUUGCCUUAUAACGCAAUCUUCAACUGAGCUUUAUGACAAAUCUUCAUCGUCCUCAUCAUCUGGUUCAUCAACAUCAAGUAAAAGUCUUUUUGAUUGGAUCAGUUCUCAGGAUCCAUCACAUAGUCUUCAUGAUAUGGUUGUCAAGUGUAUUAAAGCAACAGAACAGUUAGAUGAUCGAGUCCUGAAUACACUUACUAAAGAAGUGCAAGAAAUGUUCACACAAGUAGAUAAUCCUAGCAUGAAAGAAGUAAAGGGUAUUGAGGACCGAUUGUAUGGCCUGGACCAAAUAUUGAGUUCUGGGAAGAGGGUUGUACAGGAACAAGGUGAUAUGGCUCAGGGAUUUGUACAAAAUCAGAAUCGAGUGAGUGCUUUGAAGGAUAAGUCUAUACUACCAGAUCUGUGUUCUAGUCAUAAAAAGCAGCUGCUUGUCAUGGUCAACAAUCACAAGAAAAUACAGGAAACUAAGAAGAAAUGUAAAAUGGCCAAAGAGGAACUAGCAAUAAAUCUUCAUGCAAGACUAAGGUGGGUUAUGUUGGUUGAGAAGAGAAUCUGUGAUAUAGAUGGUAAGCUGAUAAUAUACCAUGAGAAUCUGAAGAGACUGAGGAAGAGAUUAGAAGUUCUCAAACAGAUUCAUGAUGCCCCUAAUAUAUAUGCCUGUCUUGUUGUAGAGGUAGUUAGACGUAGGAGAUUCUCAUCCACAUUCACAGAGUGGGCUAGCAGUGUAGCAGAAGAAUCCACACAAAUCCACUCAGAAGAAUAUAAAAGAAGGGAAGCUUUCAUUAGUCAAGUGGGUCGGCAUUUCUUACAGACACUUUUUACUGGUUUGGAUCCAUUUUCAUCCAACUUUGCAGUGGAGCCUCCAGCAGCAAUAGACCAGGGACUUCCAGUUAUCACAGAAGAUGAUAUAGAAAUGUUGAAACAUUCUGUUCCUGAACUAUCAGAUCUCUUAGUGGUUCCCAUAGAGAGCAAUAAAAUUAUGAAGAGUCACUGGGGUGUAUUAACAUGUACAACCAACAAACCACAGACACCAAAACCAUCUUCACUAGCCACAUCAGAAAUAGAGAUUAUUCAUAGUUAUGAUGAUCGAUUCUAUACAGCUGAUCAUACAGAACUAUCCUUAGGGGAUCAGGUAGCAAGUAGUGAACUGACUUCUAACUUAUUAACAAAAUCUGAUAUUGGGGUGACUAGCCCCACAGAAAAAACUGAAUUUAUAAUGCCCAAAAGUCUUUCAGAAGAAUUAACAAAGGAAAUGCAAGAAACAAGUCGUAGGAAACUGUUGGAAGAAAGUAAAGUUGAUAGUGGUACUAAAAACACUAGGGAGGUUAAUAGAACAGUUGUGUCUUCAGGUACAGGGGAGGUGUCUGGAACUUCCACAUCAUCCGGUGAGCAGAUAAAAUCAACAGAAAGUGAACUGUCUUCAUGUGCUCCAGAUAGAAGUACAUCAAGUUCACAUUCAGGGAAGAAAAAGUUGGGUGUACAAUGUACUUCACCAGACCUUGAAACGUCCCAGGAAUUUACAACUGCAGACUUCUAUAUAGAAGAUUCUAUGCCUUCCUCUAUGGGUGGUUCUCCUUCUAGUGCUAACAUAGAGGACAAGUCUGAAAAACAAUUGGAUGAUAAUAAAGAGGAACCUGAACUGUCUGUUUAUAAGACAAAAUUAGCUUUAACAGAAACAAAACUUAAAAAUUUAAGAGAUUUUGUUUCCAAUUGUUUUCCAGACUUGAAGCAAAGAUUUAAAGAUUUUGAAACAAGCAUUAACUGUGAUAGAUCUAAAUUCUCUGAGGAUUUAGAGAAAACAAAAGAAAAAGUGAUUGAAAUUCUUCAGAUAUUUGACAUACAGCAACAGAAUAUAAGCAAGUCAAAUAGUGAGAAGCUUGGACAAAAUCAUUCUGAGGAGAUAAAGAAACUUCAGCAAGAAAUCACUGAACUGAAAAAUAAAAAUUCUGAAUUUGAACAGUUGUUAGAUGAAGCAAAGCAAAAUUCUCUUAUGGAAAAGGAAAGUAUACAACAGAAAUCAGAUGAUUUGCAGAAAACUAUUCAGGAAAUGACAGGUCAGUUAGAGUCCGCUAAAUCAACUCAACUUAAAUUACAAAGUGAUGUGCAAAGCUUGACAAAAACAUUAGAAAGUCAUGAUUCAGAAUUUAAAACAAAACAAAAAGAAACUGAAAUAACAUACAAGGAAAUGGAAUCUAAAUAUAAACAGGAACUUACUGAAAUGUCUCAGCAGCACUCUCUAGAAAUGGAGGUAGAAUUAGACAAAGUUAGGUCUGAUUUAAAGGAUCAGAUGGAUCAGUUAGAGACUGAAGCCAAAGCUCAUGAGGAAGAAACACAGAAAUUUCAAAAUGAUCUUUUAUUGGCUGAAAAGGAAAGAAUAAAAUUAGAAGAAACUUUAGCAACUCAAUAUCAGACAGAAAAAGAUAGUAUUAAGUUGAUACUGACUGAAGAAUUUUCUGAAAAAUUGACAAAAGAGAAAGAACAGUACUCACAAAAUGUGGAUGAAUUAACAGGACAAUUAGAAAAAGCUCAUGAAACCAAAAUGAUUGAAUUAAAAAAUCAACUCUUGAAGGAUAAGGCAGAAGAAAUAAGCAAAAUUCAAAAAGAAUUGAAUGAGGGGUUUGACUCUACUUUGACAGAUUUAAAAGAAAACUUUGACAAUGAAAAGAAAACUCUGACUGAGCAACAUAAUAAUAAAUUAGUGGAAAUGGAAGAUUUGCAUAGUAUUGACUUGAUGAAGUUAAAUGAAGAAUUCAAUAAAUGUAAGUUGGAACUUGAAGAACAAUUAAGUUUAUAUACGGACAAGAAGUUCAGAGAGGAAGAAGUUCAAACAAACUCGGUGGAUAAAAUUGAUUGUGCCAUUGUAACUGAUGUGUUACCUUGUAGGUCUAUGGCCUUACAAACAGAACCUACAAUGUUGAAUAGUUUGACAGAAAGUCAAUGUCAAACAGAGUUCACUGCAAUCAGUAUAAAGACGCAGACUGAAAAUACAGUGAAACCCUGUGAAACUCAAACUGAAUCAAAGGAGUUAAUUCCAGGUUCAACACAAACUGAUCUAAGGGAGGUAAUUCAGGUAGAGAUGCAGACAGACAGUUGGGUUGGUGUGUUAGGUGUGAGUUCUACAGAGGUUGAGGAGAAGAGUAUCCAGACAGAGAUAAUGGAAUGUGUUCAGUCAGAUUGUCAGACAGAGAGACAGGAAACAUGUGAUCAGGAAUGUCAGAUUAUAGAUGACACAGAAUCAAAGAAAAUUGCUGAGAUUCAGGAAGAACAUCAAAUGGAGAUAAAUAAAUUAGUCAGCAAAUUAGAGAAAGACAAGGAAGAAUCUUGUAUGUCGAUGAAGACAAGUUUGAUAGCAGAAAGACAGGUAUCAUUUAAUGAGGCUGUCAACAAAGUCUCCAGUGAAAAAGAUUCUAUAAUAUUGGAAUUGAGAGAGAAAGAUUCCAUUUCAAUUGAGAAACUGAGAGUAGCUCAAGAAACAAUAGAUAAACUUGUUGAAGAAAAGAGUAAAGUUGAAGACAUAAAGACACGUGCAAUGGCUCAUCUCAGUGACAAAGAAAGGGAAUUUACUGCUUCCAAGAGAUCACUUGAAGAUGAUGUUGCCAUGUUAAAACAACAGUUAGUUCAAUAUCAGCAGCAAAUACAAUCAAUGUCUUUGUCAUCUGCACCUUCAGUUAUGGAAAUCAGUACACUAGAGGAAAUAGAAUCCAAGACAAAAAUAUCCCUGUUGGAAGAGGAAGUAAAACACAAGGAAGAAGAGAUUUCUAGAAUGGAACAGAAAUUGUCUGAAAUUACCAUGACAGCAAGUACUAGGUCUGUUGUUCAAGACAAAGUAUCUAUUACAAGUUGCAGCACUGGUGAUCUGGCCCUGUUCUGUUUGGAUGAACGGCAUGACCAGUAUGUUGUGUUUACAAUUGGCAGCACACUUCACUUUCUACACAGUGAUUGUAUAGAACCCUUAGGUUUACAAGCAAAUCCAAGUGAAAAUAGGAAAUCUUGGGUGUUGGCAGAAAUAACAGAUAAAGAGUAUUGUCAGGCAAAAAAGUCCCAGAAUAGAUUCAAAGUUCCUAUAGGUACCAAGUUUUAUCGAGUGAAAGCAAAACCAUGGGCAAGAGAUUCAUCACCAAGAAAAGGGGACUUCCUGUCUGGAUCUUCAUCACCAAGAAAAGGGGACUCAGCUUCUGGAUCUUCAUCACCAAGAAAAGGGGACCCAGCUUCUGGAUCUUCAUGACAACAGCUUAAUUAUAGAAUUCAUUAGUUAUAGAUAUCAAGUGUUCAUGAAUUGUGGGAUUUAAAAAUCCCUGACUUUUUAAAGAAUACAAAGACUUUCAUCUUGUGUAUUUUGGGAUAAUUCUGCUUUUAUCAUUCAGAUAUUUCUGUGUUUAAUCAACAAAAUAUUAUGUCAGGUAAUUUUAUUUAUUUGACUUUUUUCAUUACAAGUAGAAUUGAAUUUAAAUUUAUUAGCUGCUUAUUAAACUUUUAAUCAGAAUGAAAUUUAUUGUUUUGAAAUAUAUGAACUUUACAACAACUCCAAUAUUUUUUAUGUAAAUUUACCAUUAUACUUGUUUUAAGUUGAAAUUGUGUAUUUGGAAUUCCCCAGUUUGGUGUGAAUAUGAUGUGACCAUCUUGACACACUAUUGUGUCCACUGCUGUGUGAAAUUUUCAAUACAGAUUAUAUUGUUCAUUACUGUAAUUUAAAAACAAAGUUAUGGCAUGCAUUCAUUACGGUGAAUUGAUGACCACUGAAAAAAUAUGGGAUUAAAUCAAAGUGAUUUCUGGAAAACAACCACUACAAACUUGAUGUUUUUAAUUAUGAUAUACUUACCAUUGUGUAUUUUUGUCAGUAGUAAAUAUUUGUGAACACUUGAUUGAUAAAAUAUCUGUGAUGGCAUUAAAACACAAAGAGUUGUAAUCACUACACUUUGGUUGUUGGAUGAAUGAUUUAUUUUUGUUUACUUGUUUGUUAAGUUUGUCAUUUGUUUCAUUGUCUUGUGUUGUUUGUUUUUUGUUUUAAGUUUAUGCACAUUUCCCAGGGAUGUUUAUUGAUAUAAGUGUGAAUUUUCCCAUAAUAAUUAUAGUUAUAUCAUUACAUGUUUCAUAUACUAGUAUAUUCUUUGUCAUAAGAUCUUGAAGUUGUCUCAACAUGAACCAUGAUCUGGAGAUUUUUACACUUUUUUUUUUAAAUUUGAAAAGUUCGAAAAAUAUGCAUGAACUGGAAACAUGUAUUUGAUAAAAAAAAAUUUACUAAUUUCCUUGCAAUUUAAAUUGUAUGGUGUCUUUUAAAGUACUUUCAUAAAGAAAAAAACAACAAAGAAUAGUCUUUUCAUUCAUGACUUGUAUGUAUAUUUCCAUUAUUUAUUGAAGUGAAAAUGCAUCAAGGUUUGAAUAGUGUAGAGAAAGUAUAUGUAACUUAAAAAAAAAUCAGUAAUUGUCAGUAUUUAGAAAUGAAGCAUGCAUGUUGUGCUGUAUUACAAAGGAAUGUUGGUAUAUGUUAUAAACGAAGAAAAAAAAUUUGGGAAAAGCUUUAAGUUUUUGUAUACAAAGCUUCCAUUAUUAUCUUUGAUAAAAUUGUCAGUGAUUGCUAAUAUAAACAUGGCUAUAUAUUUUUAGUGCAGUUAUAUCUUGUAAAUUUAAAGAGCAGAAAUAACAUUUUUUGUCUUUCAAUAUCUACCCAUAUCUCUCUGAUUUAUUAUUUUUUGACAUUAAGAUAGGGUUAUAUUAACCACAGACAAUCCUACACUAAUAGUCACAGUCUGCAUCACUAGCAUUGAUAAUUACAGCAUUUGUUUUACUGACGAGACUGGCUUCAAAGGGAGUACACUAUUUGCUUGAAUAUCACUGCCUUGUAAAGAUCAACAACAAGCUCUGCUGAAAUAUACUUUUUUCCACAUACACUUUGUCGUAGAUUCUACCAACAAAUGAAACAGAAAUUGAAAUCUGACAUAUCAUACAAAACUUGAGAAUAUUCCGCUUUAGAAAAAUUGUUUUAGCUUUCACUUUUAGUGAUGCACAUUUCACUAUAAAAAUGGCAAUGUGCAGUUUAAGAAAAUGUUGAUUGAAAUAUUUAUAUGUUGGAAUACAAUUUUAAAAUUUAGAUCAUUAAAAAUUUAUCUGCUUUCACUAAAAAUGAUUUGAGGGUUGGUAUUCUUUAAUCUUUUAAAAUUAAAAUUGUUUUGAAUUUUAUAUAUUUAUCUUAUAUUGUGAUUAGAGUAAUUACCCAGUUGUGUUCUUUGUUUUCAGUGAUACUAAAGCUACUCUUAUAAGAAUGAUUUCACCAAGAUGUAAGGUCACCAUAUUUAAAGUUUUUAUGUUUAAUGUCUUCAGUUUUUAGGACAAGGACAAGAUUUAAAUAAGGAGAAGUUGUUGUUAAUGACAGGGGCUACUGUAACAACAUAUUUCCCUUGAUAUUAAGAUGUCUUUCAGUAUGAAUUGGGUGUGAUAGGGCUUUUUUUUUUAGUUCAUUGCUGUGUAUAAAGUGCUUCCAAAAUCAGUUAUAAUAUCAAAUAAUUUAUGUAUACUAGUUGUAAUGUUCUAGGAUAUAAUAAAACUCAUAUUAUGACAUAUUGUUGUAUGAUGUAUAUAUUUCAAAAUAAAGUAUAAGAAAGUGUA